AUGCAGUUGAUAGUUAGAUCUCUUGACCGCACGGUGGCGCUCACAGCAAGUCCCGCAGACAGCCUGACCAGCAUUAGACAGCGCCUGCUUGCCGUGUACUCUGGGCAUGUCGUCGAUAGCCAGCGCUUUGUCUUUGCAGGCCGCACUCUGGAUGAGGCGAAGACCCUUGGGGAUUAUUCUAUUGGUGAGUCGUCUGUGCUGGACCUUGUUCCCCGUCUUUUCGGAGGUGUCAUGGAGCCCACGCUUAUCAACCUAGCCCGCGAGUACAAUCAGAACAUGAUGAUCUGCCGCCACUGCUAUGCCAGGAACCCGCUCCGCGCAACUAACUGCCGCCGCUGCCGCGGAACGAAUCUCCGCAAGAAGAAGCUCUCGAAGUAUGCAUAA